AUGGUCAAGUAUGAUAUGGUGAAGAUGGAAAUGGUGAAGUGUGAAAAGGUGCAGUGUGAAAGUGUGAAAAUGGUGAAAUGUGGAAUGGUGAUGUGUAAAAUGGUGAAAUUUGAAAUGAUGAAGUGUGAAAUGGACAAGUAUGAAAUCGCAAAGUUUGUGAACAAAUUAUUGUUUAUGCUGCCGAAUCUUCAAGGGGAAUUCCGUACCUUGUGUCUGGAGAUCCUUCACUCCCGUAUCGACUGUAUCGAGAAUGCCUUCUUGGAACUCAAAGCCAAGGGAAUUCUCACCUCGCUCACGCACAGGAAUGAAGAGACACAGCAAGUUUCCCUGAAGAUCAUCAAGGCCAUAUUGUCUAAACUGAAGGCUGUAGACUUGCAGGGAUUAAUGUCGGCUAUAACAGCAUUCUCCGCCCACCCCAGCACUGGCUGUAGACUCACCAUGUACGAGAUACUCAUGUGGACAUAUGACAACUACAGAGAUGAGAACAGUCCAGAGGCCAACAAGAUCAUGCUGCAGACCAAGGAGUCCCUCUUGAAGGGCCUCGGGGAUGAGGACUUACACUGCAGGUUACAGGUCCAGAACUUCUGGAGCAGCGAAGAUCGUCUUCCAGUGGGUACCCUCGACCGCCUGGUUGCCAUGUUGGAGGCCAUGUAUUCACCCGUUACCGAGCAACAGUACCUUAGUUACGCUACAAACUUACUCCUAGAGAUGACGUCAAAAAGUCCUGACUACCAAAGGGAAAUAUUUGAGCAUCCACUAUCGGCUUGUAAAUUCUCUGAUUACUCUGUGAAGUCCUCCUGGCGCCAUCGACAUGCUGCAAUGACCCCGCUGUUUGCGACACAAGCGAGUCAGAGUCAAGCCAUGGAAACAGACGAUCAAAGUGUCGGAGUGCGUGCCACCCAGGAUGUUGCGCAGUUCUCACAAACUCAGGACCCAGGAGCACAGAAGGGUCCCUACAACUGGCUAACACAGAGCAGUCUGGACACCUUUGCUGAGGGAAGCAGCUUUACCUUGAUGGACACACAGCAGUCCCAGAGUUCCUUGAUGUUCACCGUUGGUACAGGUGACCCGAGGAAAACGGUUGCCAGGAGACCAAAAGCGGGUCCAGGAUUUGGGAAUCAGAAGCUUGGUGCUGCAAAAACGUCCACAUCUAGUGGCAAAAAAGAUGAGCCAGAUGGCGGAAGUGACAUAUACAGGUUAAAGCGCCGUUUCCUCAAGGACGCUGAACAGACACGGGUCUUCUUCGCCAAGAGACAAACAAGACUCAAGGAAAUGAGAGAGAUAGCACAUCAGGAGCAACAGGCUCGCAGAGAAAGUCAGGUGACCAUGUAUCGGAAAUACCGCAGUGGAGACCUACCAGACAUACAGAUCAAAUUUUCCUACAUCAUAGCCCCACUGCAGGCUCUAGCUCAUAGAGACAGUACCAUAGCUAAGCUGCUGUUCAGCGGGAUAUUUGAGGCUAUAUUUGCCAAUAUGGAGGACGUGAAGACGGAGAGAGAGAUGGGCGAAGUUAUCGGUCAGAUCGGAACCAGUCUAGAUAAUGUGCUUACACAGUCUACCGUGUAUUUCCCGCCAUUUGUAGGAUGUGUGCUGGACAUAUUGUACAAGCUGCGCUCCAGUCUGAAGGUGGAGAUGUCCAGUAUUGGAAGCAGUGCUUUGGCAAGCCAUCUAGAGCCCCUGGGUAUUGCCCUUGUGGAGGAAUUGUUGAUAACGCAAGAGCCCAUUGAACCCCGUGCGGCUAAGAGGGGCAAGAUGGAGGCACCCAUAUCCAAGGACGUGGAAAACUGGAUUGAACUGUCCAGGCUGUACAAGUCUACGGGAGGGUAUGACGUCCUGUUGGGUAUAUUCAGUGGUAAGAUUGGUACCCAGCCCAUUACAAGACAGGCAAUGGAGGCUGAGGCCAGGGGAGACUACCACACUGCCAGGAAACUUUAUGAUGAGGCAAUGAACUGCACUGACUGGGAUGGGGAGGGUCCCAAGGAGGCAGAGAUUGACCUCUGGGAGGACUGUAGAAUGCAGUGCCUGACAUCACUAUCACACUGGGAAGCUCUUGAAUCUAGUUCAACGGAAGCCAUCGCUGGUGACAACACAUCUACUGGCCUCACAACAGUAUGGGAAGACACUUACCUACAGGAGCAUUUCCUGCCUUACAUGAUGAGGAGCAAGGUGAAGUUACUGCUGCAAGGGGAUGAGAGACAGCAGCCACUCUUAGACUUCAUGGACGCCUCAAUGAAAGUUCCUGAACAUAAGCUAGUUCUCGAGAAUGAGUACAGCCAGGAGCUGGCCCUGAUGUACCUGUGGCAGGAGGAUUAUGACCGGGCCAGACAUUACUGUAACACCACACUUGAUGCUUUCCUGCAGGACUGGAGCAGCACUGACGUUCUCAUGACCAACAGCCGAGAGGCCGCCCUCCAUCGCCUGCAGCCCCUAAUAGAGUUAAGCGAGUUUCUGGGCUUUAUAUCCGAGGAGGGAAACUUUAGGGGCUCGGGCCCAGCCCUUGGGCUUAUCAGUAGAUGGAGUAAGCGGAGCCCACACCUACUGACUGACCCUGUCACUGUGUGGGAUGAUGUGGUCACCAAUAGGUUGGUAUACAUGGACCACAUCAGCAGUCACCUACAGAAACUGGAUGAUUCCCAGGCCUCAGUUGAAAGUGAUGACCCAUACUUGGAUACCAAACUUCGCCUGAAACUGCUUAUGGCACGCAGCUGCGGUGAUCAAAACAACUUUGCACAGACGCUCAGAAUACUCAAGGAAACUUACAAGGAGUGUAAGGGCAGUGCAGAUGGAAGUGUGCUGUGCCAGUGGGGUGUGGUUUAUGCCUCAACCCACUACAAGAAAAUCAGGGCCCUGCUGGAGCCAUGGAAAGAGGAAACCCUCACUAGCCUCUUCACAGCAUUUGACCAGCUAGACAAGAUGUCUGAAAAUGAGGCCCUUCUAGCCAAUCCUAGACUUGGUCGACAGCACAGAGUGUUAACUGGAGAGGGGAGGGGCCUCAUGGCCCUGGGUAUUCAGGACUUUGACCUGAAGGGCCUCCGGGGGACACGGGCAGAACAAAAGCUCAUGCAACAUUCUGGCCUUGAGAAAAUGACAAAAGUAGAGGUGACAGAGAAACUGAUAAGCCAUGGCUACAGUAUGAUGAAGUCUAGCCUGGCUGUGGAGGGAGGUGUGGCAGACACACAGAUAGAUGGAAUGUCUGCAGAUCAGGCGUACCUUGCUACAGCUAAAUACUGUGACAACUUCCUCAGACAGAAGGAAGAGGGUGACCUAGACAUAGGUGAUCGUUGUGUGUCAGCGUUCCCAGAAUCAGUUGUAGUGUGCCUCCUACAAGCUUUGAAGCUUGGCUCCCUGGAGGCCAGGCAGAGGUUCCCCAGACUACUUCAGAUAAUAGAGCUACACCCUGAGUCUACAAGCACAUUUGUCAGCAAGAGUGCAGAAGUGCCCAGCUGGAUGUUUAUGUUGUGGAUCAGUCAAAUGUUGGCUAUUCUAGACAAACCAGAGGCCAUAGCUGUACAUCAUAUACUGCUGGACAUCACACAAAACUACCCUCAGGCUGUUGUCUACCCAUUAAAGCUGAGUCAGGAAGGCUUCAAGUUUGGGACAUCCAAAAAAGACAUUGUGCAUAAAGAUGCUGUUGACAGACUUGCUGGACUGUUGGGCCCAGAUCAGCUCCCUCUGGCUGACCGUCUCAUCUUAGCCCUGGAGUGCUUCGGCCAGCCCGACCAGGAAAUCAAGGAUUCAUUUGAUGAGAUGGCGAAGCUGUUGAAAAAAGGAAAGAAAACUCAAGCCAAGGUUGUGUACAACAAGCUUUUUAACCGCAUCAUCAACUACAAGGUUCGCGAGAAAAAUGAGGCAGCACAGGGCAGCAUGAAGAGAGAAGUUGGGUCGUCAGGAGAAGGCACAGGCCUGGAUGAGACCACGGCUGAUGAGAGCUUGAUUACGUCCCUACCUGGUCUUGACAUUGGCAGCUACGCAAGGAAGUUUGCGGAUAAAUUCAAGAAGGACUUUGAUACAAAGUUUGGACCAGAAGGGAACAAAAUAACAUCCAUGUCAUUAAAGGAGUUUGCAGUGCACAAGCAGUUCAUUAUGAACCUGUUUGAGGAGGUGAAGUUGAAGACAAGCCCCCUCUACCCGCCCGGAAAACUGUCCGAAUACUCCCACUGGAUGGCCAACUUUAAUCCUAACAUACAUGGCAGGGACCUUGAAAUACCAGGUCAAUACACAGGCCUAAGUAAGCCUCUACCUGAGUAUCACGUGAAGAUUGCUGGAUUUGACCAAGCUGUGAAAGUGAUGACGUCCCUACGUAAGCCAAAGCGUGUGACAAUACAUGGAAAUGACGAGCGAGACUACCACUUCCUGGUGAAGGGUGGGGAAGAUCUACGGCAGGACCAGCGUAUCGAGCAACUGUUUUACAUUAUGAAUCAAGUUUUCCUGCAAGACCCCGCAUGCCGGUCAAGGAAACUGCAACUGAAGACGUACCAGGUCAUUCCUAUGACCUCAAGGGUUGGUCUGAUAGAGUGGGUUGGGGACACAGUUCCCCUGAAGGAUUUCAUCAAUAACUCCCUCACAGACCAGGAACAAAAGUUCAUGAGCUCCAGGCAAGGACCAUCUCACACAAACAAUGAAUGGUUUUUGAAGGCAGGAAAGAAGAACGACCCCUGGCCGGCGCGGUUUGCAGCCGUGUUCGAAAAGUACAGCUACACUGAGACAGUGCGACAUUUCAACUUGAUCCAGAGCAAGGUGCCCUGGGACCUACUCAGGAGAUCAUUCCAGAAGCUGAGUACAAGCCCCGAGGCCUUCCAUGUUCUACGCAGCCACUGUAUGCAGACACACGCAAUGUUGUGUAUGUGUCAGUAUGUUAUGGGUAUAGGGGACCGACAUUUGUCAAACUUCAUGGUAAAUCUGAAUACCGGCGAGAUGAUUGGGAUUGACUUUGGGCACGCCUUCGGCUCCGCUACCCAGUUCCUGCCCAUCCCAGAGCUUGUGCCGUUCCGUCUAACGAGGCAACUACGAAACCUGAUGUUGCCGCUACAGGAGCAAGGUCUCGUGGAGAGCACAAUGAUCCACGUGCUGAGAGCACUACGCUUGGACUCCGACCUCCUCCUGAAUACCAUGGACAUCUUUGUGAAGGAACCCUCACUUGAUUGGCUUCAAAAUGCUGAGAGGCAGCUCCAGAGCCUGGAUUCUUCAGAGUUGUACAGCCAGGAAGAGGAAACAAUGCAUUGGUAUCCAAGGGAGAAAAUCCAGUAUGUGAAGAGAAAACUCAAGGGAGCUAAUCCUGCUUACAUCACAAGAGAUGAGUUGAAGCUGGGUCAUGGCAAGAAGGCAGUAUUCAAGGACUAUGAGACUGUCGCCCUAGGCCACAAGGAGAACGCCCGAUGUCAACUUCCGGAGGCGGGACUGACUGUUGAGCAACAAGUGACUGCAUUGAUUGACCAGGCCACUGACCCAAACAUUCAUGGGCGCACCUGGGUGGGCUGGGAGCCAUGGAUGUAAGAUUGACUAGGCCACUGACCCAAACAUCCAUUGGCGCACCUGGCUGGGCUGGGAGCCAUGGAUAUAAGAUUGACCAGGCCAAUGACCCAAACAUCCAUGGGCGCACCUGGCUGGGCUGGGAGCCAUGGAUAUAAGAUUGACCAGGCCAAUGACCCAAACAUCCAUGGGCGCACCUGGGUUGGCUGGGAACUAUGGAUUUAAGAUGUGAAAUUUGGACUCAAGGACUUAAUGUUUUCUAGCUGAUUGUUCAUGGUUAAAGGCAUCCACAUGUUGGUAUUGGUGCCAUGUAGACUAGAUUUGGUUUCUGUGUGAGCCAUUCAGUGUUGGAAUUAGAGGAAUGGUUGUAGGAAAUGACUGUAAAUCCAUUAUAGUUGUGUAGUUACUUUGAAACAGAAUUUGGUUUGAAUGAGCCGUUUUUGUUUGUACUUUUGUGAUUAACUUCUUGCUUUGAGGCAAUUGGUAUUAGAUGUAUGGCUUAAUAGUUGGCUUUAGAGUUGCUGAUGUAGGAUGUUAAACUUCAAUAUCAACUUGAUCCACUCUGGUGUCAGAUAUAGCACCUCAAGAAUGACCAUGAAACCAUGAUAGUUUCACAAAGUUGGUUUGACCAAGAGUGUAAACUGUAAACCAUGACAUUGAGAUGCCAUUGGAAAUAAUGUUUGUAAUCUUAUAGAUUUGUAUGCCCUAAACACUAAUGAUUUUGAGGUCAGUUGAUGAGAGGUUAAGGUCAAUACCUGGUGAGCAUGUGGGCCUGUAAACCUCAUACUUGGUAGGCAGUUUGAACACUACAGGGGAUGACCCCUUUUGAAAAUGGAUACCAGUAUAUCAAUUCUAUAUGAAGCUUUUUACCUACAUCAUUCACUUAAAAGUUAUCUGAUGCUAGUUUUUGUUUGUUUCUACAUUCUCUUUAAUAUAAUAGUUAUAUAUAGUAAUUUCUUCAUGCCAUUUUUUCUGUUUUAGGUUUUUAUUAAAAAUUUAAAUCCUGUCAUGACUUUCUAUAACAAUAUGUAAAGAGUUCACAUACAAACUUGUUCAAUAAUGACUAACUAUCUCAUUUCAAAGUAAAAUAGACACGAGUUGACAUCAGAUCCAUCUUGCUGCAACUUAUCACUUCAUGGAAAGUUUGUCAUGAAAAUAUUUUAUAAACUAGAUACUUUCUAUAUAGGCCCAAAUACUACAAAUGGCUAUCUGUCCAAUGAGGCCUUUUGGGGGCAUUUGUAAUAUUCCUGUGACAAUUUUUGUAAUGAAUUACAGGUAAACAAAUAUUUUGCAUAUGAUAAGAGUAUUGUUCUUGUUGAAGGAUGGAGUUGAAAUACAUGUUACAGUUGUAGGUUUAUCAGCCUAUGUUGUUUUCUGUGCAUUCAUUAAAUAUCCAUUUAAAGUUGUAUGCUGUGUUAAGUAUAGAAGGAAUGACAAAUGAUAUUAUAGAACUUGGGUAGCAUGGGGCAUUUUCCAUAACAAAAUUAAAAUAUAUCCCUUGUUAUGUAGUUUAUAUCGAAUGCCAUACAUUUACCAUAAAGUAUUGUCAUUUUUUUUAGAGUUCAACUUUUGCAUUGUUUACUGCACAUUUGUAUUAGUUUGAUUAGAAAAUAAAAGAACU